GCGGUGCUGCAUCAGCCCGGCACACGCAGGACGAAGCAAUACCAACAGCCUCGGCUUAGAGGUCUAUUGUUCCCUGUUUCCCCCUCGCUGGCCUAGUCACCACAUAGAGAGAGAAAGAGGGGAGGAGAGGAGAACCAUUCAUUCGCCCAGGAUUACUUCUUCUUAGAGGAGGGACGGAGCAGGGAGCAGAGUACACUUCUCCUCCACUGUGUCUGAGCGCUCCCUCAGUGUGUCUCCGUGUGUGUUGCCUUCUCCACUCUUUUUCCAUUCGUUUUUCUUUCGUUGUGUGGAUACUAUCACCGUGGUCCCACUGCGAAGGCCAUGGGGUUGCCCGGCGGAGUGAAGGGGACACUGGGUGUGUGGAGAGGGUCACUCCCCUCUCUCUGGGGGCUGGCGCUGGUCCUCUUCUGGAUCUCUGGAGCCACAGAGGCACAAACUGCAGCAGACGCCAAACCAACUGUCUACGUCUGGCAAACAGGUCCAUGGGGCCGGUGUAUGGGCAGCGAGUGUGGCCCAGGGGGCAGCCAGAGCCGGGCAGUGUGGUGCGCCCACUCUGAAGGCUGGACUACCCUUCACACCAACUGUGACCAGGCCGAGCGCCCAGAGAACCAGCAGAGCUGCUUCCACGUUUGUGACUGGCACAAGGACCUGUAUGACUGGCAGCUGGGUGCCUGGAAUCAGUGCGUGCCCGUGUCCAUGCGUAGCACCGGGGUGAUCCAGCGGCCAGCCGUGUGUCUCCACGGCGAGGAGGGCAUCCAGACACGCGAGGUGGGCUGCGUCCAGAAAGCGGAUGGCGUGCCAGCGGAGGAUGUGGCGAUUUGUGAAUACUUUGAGCCCAAGCCCAGGCUGGAGCAGGCCUGUCUGAUCCCGUGCCCACAGGACUGCGUGGUCUCCCAGUUCACCCCAUGGACUUCCUGUUCAAAAAUGUGUGGCACGGGUCUUCAGAAUCGUGUCCGUUUUGUCCUGGCGCCGCCCAUGUUCGGGGGUUCGGCCUGCCCUAACUUGACAGAGUUCCAGAUUUGUCAGCCAGGUCCCUGUGUGGGCCCAGAGAGCCUGUAUAGUCUAAGGGUGGGAUCCUGGGGUCCCUGCUCUGUACCCCUCCCUCGCACGGCCAGGCAGGCUCCAACUCUUAAUCAAGGUAAAGAUGUGGCUGUCCCUCGCCGGCUACGCAAAGGCAGAGAGGGUAAAGAGGGUAAGGAGGCCAAAGAGGGCAGCGAGGUGCCCACCCCACGCCAGCCUCGUCUGAGUAAAGAAGAAAGGAUGAAAAGAAAGGAGGAAAGAAAGGAGGGAAGAAAAGGCAGACAGGCAGCCAAAGAAGGGCGCAGGAAAAACAAGGAAACAGUCAAGGAGCGGGUGAGAGAGCGGGUGAGAGAGCGGGUGAGGGGGAGGGGGAGGGUGAAAGACCCAGAGACCAAGGAGCUGAUCAAAAAUAAGAGGAACAGGAACAGACAGAACCGACAGGGAGGGAAGUUCUGGGACCUGCAGGUUGGAUACCAGACCCGGGAGGUGACCUGUGUUCACAGGAGCGGCAACGCUGAUGCACUCAGCCUGUGUUCUCAGGAGUCCCUACCAGUGACCUACCAGGCCUGCGUCCUGACCAAGGACUGUGAGGUGAGCGACUGGACCGAUUGGUCGCCCUGCUCCAAGGACUGCUAUGAGCUCAACGGGCCCACGGGCGAACACACACGCACACGCCGGGUACACCUGCUCCCCGUGGGAGGAGGGGCGGAGUGCCCCGAACUGGAGGAGAAGGAACCAUGUACCCCUCAGGGAGAAGGGGUACCCCCCUGCAUCGUGUACAACUGGAAGACAACAGAAUGGACUGAGUGCAGGGUGGACAUGUUGCUAAGCCAACAGGACCGUCGUCGUGGUAACCUAACGGGGCUGUGUGGAGGCGGAGUCCAGAACCGUGAGGUGUACUGUGUCCAGGCAACCAGCGUCGACCCCGCUUCCAGCGCUCUCAAGAGCAAAGAAGCCUCCAGGCCCGUUGAUGAUGACCUGUGCCUCAGCCCGCCCCCCAACACCACCCAGCUGUGCCACAUCCCCUGUCCCGUGGAGUGUGACCUGUCCUCCUGGAGUGCCUGGGGACCCUGCACCUUCGAGAACUGCCUGGACACAGCUGCCAAGAAAGGGUUCAAACUGAGGAAGAGGAGAGUCAUCAAUGAGCCGACAGGAGGAACAGGAAGCUGCCCUCACCUGGUGGAGGCCAUACCAUGUGACGAACCCAGUUGCUAUGAUUGGUUGCUUGUGAAGCUGGAGGAGUGUAUCCCAGACAACGAGAGAGAGUGCGGACCGGGCACCCAGAUACCACAAGUGCAGUGUGUCAACAGUGAUGGUGAGUAUGUGGACCGCCAACUGUGCCGUGAUGCCAUCCUACCCAUGCCUGUCAUCUGUGAGGUGCCUUGCCCCAAGGACUGUGUCCUCAGUCCCUGGGCCUCCUGGUCCCUGUGCUCACACACCUGCUCCGGGAAGAACACAGAGGGAAAGCAGAUGAGAGCCCGCUCAGUACUGGCCUACAGUGCUGGGGAAGGCGGGGUCCAGUGCCCCAACAGCAUUGCUCUCCAGGAGGUGCGGAGCUGCAAUGACCACCCUUGUACUGUGUACCACUGGCAGACAGGGCCCUGGGGACAGUGUAUCGAGGACACGUCGGUCCCCCCUGCCAACUCCACAGCGGCCGGGGUCGGGGUCAGGGGAGGGGACUCCUCCUGCUCUGUGGGGAUGCAGACGCGGAAGGUCAUCUGUGUCCGGGUCAAUGUAGGGCAGGUGCCUCCCAAAAAGUGUCCGGAGAGUAUUCGUCCUGAGACGGUCAGGCCCUGCCUCCUGCCAUGUAAAAGAGACUGCAGCGUCACCCCCUACAGCGACUGGAGCGCCUGCCCUGCCACAUGUAAAGAAGGUGGCAACACGAAAAGGAAACAGAACAGGAAACGCAUCAUCAUCCAGCUGCCAGCCAACGGGGGACAGGACUGCCCGGAGGUGUUGACUCAGGAGAGAGACUGUGAGGCGCCUUCUGUCUGUUUGGGAUACAGGUGGAAGACACACAAGUGGAGGCGAUGCCAGUUGGUUCCCUGGUCCGUUCGUCAGGACAGUCCUGGAGCUGUGGAGACCUGUGGGCCUGGACUGCAGGCUAGAGCUGUCUCAUGCUGGAAGCAGGACGGGGGUCCAGCGGACAUGGGAGCAUGUCUGAAGUUUGCCAGCUCCAUGCCCUCUCUAACCCAGCCCUGCCAGCUCCCAUGCCAGGACGACUGCCAGCUAACCACCUGGUCCAAGUUCUCUUCCUGUACACAGGACUGUGUGGGCGUCAAGACCCGCAAGAGGAUGCUAGUGGGGAAGAGCAAAAAGCGAGACCAGUGUAAGAACAACCAGGUGUACCCACUCAGUGAGAUCCAGUACUGCCCCUGUAACAAGUACAACGCCCAGCCCGUGGGGAACUGGUCGGACUGCAUCCUGCCUGAGGGUGGCCGUGUGGAGGGCCAGCCGGGCAUGAAGAUCCAGGGGGACAUCAAGGAGUGUGGCCAGGGCUACCGCUACCAGGCCAUGGUGUGUUACGACCAGGACAACAGACUGGUGGAGACGUCACGGUGCAACAGCCACGGAUAUAUUGAGGAGGCUUGCAUCAUCCCCUGUCCGUCUGACUGUAAACUCAGUGAGUGGUCCAACUGGUCACGAUGCAGCAAGUCUUGCGGCAGCGGGGUCAAAGUGCGUUCCAAGUGGCUGAGGGAGAAGCCUUACAAUGGUGGUAGACCUUGCCCCAAACUCGACCACGUCAACCAGGCUCAGGUGUAUGAGGUGGUGCCGUGUCUCAGUGACUGUGGUCAGUAUGUGUGGGUGGCUGAACCCUGGAGUGUCUGGAAGGUCAGCAACGUGGACCUGAAGGAGAACUGUGGAGAAGGAGUGCAGACCAGAAAGGUCAGGUGUAUGCAGAACACUAUGGAUGGGCCGUCAGACUCUGUGGAGGACUACCUGUGUGACCCAGAGGAGAUGCCACUUGGGGCCAGAGAUAGCCAGCUGCCCUGCCCUGAGGACUGUGUUCUGUCUGACUGGGGGGUCUGGAGCCGCUGCUCACUGCCAUGCAACAAAAUCAGCACUCGAGAGAGGACGGCAUGCCUCAUCCGUCAACCUGGAGAGGGGAAGCUGUGCCCCAACACCACGGAGACCGAGCCCUGCAGCCUCAACAGCAACUGCUAUCACUACUCCUAUAACAUCACCGAUUGGAGCACAUGUCAGCUGAGUGAGAGAGCUGUGUGUGGUAGUGGCAUAAAGACACGCAUGCUGGACUGUGUACGAAGUGACGGCAAGUCUGUCGACCUCAAGUUCUGUGAAGAGCUGGGUCUGGAUAGGAAGUGGCAGAUGAACGCUUCCUGUGUGGUGGAGUGUCCCGUCAACUGCCAGCUAUCUGAUUGGUCACCUUGGUCCGAGUGCACACAAACCUGUGGACUAGCAGGGAAGCUGUGGCGCAGGAGAACGAUGCUCCAGGUGCCCCAGGGUGAUGGGCGAACCUGCCCCCGUCAGAGGGAACAGUGGAAGCCUUGCCCUGUCAGACCCUGCUACCAAUGGAGAUACAGCCCCUGGUCAGAGUGCAAGUCUGAGGGUGCGAGGUGCGGAGAAGGGCUGCGGUUCCGUAACGUGUCUUGCUUUGUGUCGGACGGGUCUGGCCAGGAAGAGGGCAGCCUGGUGGAUGAUGAGAUGUGUGGAAACCUGGAGCCCUCGGUAGACGGAGACAAACGGGUCACCCUGGAAGAACCCUGCACCUCACCCUGUCCAGGUGACUGCUACCUGACUGACUGGACAGUGUGGAGCCCGUGUCAGCUGAGCUGUGUCAGUGGAGAUGACCUGGGUUUCGGCUCAGUGCAGGUCAGAUCCAGAGCCGUGUUGGCCCAGGAGCCAGAGAACCUACUGCAGUGUCCAGAACAGGAGUGGGAAGCCCGGCCCUGCACUGAGGGCCAGUGUUAUGAGUACAAGUGGAUGACAGGAGCGUGGAGAAGCUCCUCUCGACUGGUCUGGUGUCAGAGAUCUGAUGGAUUAAAUGUCACAGGUGGCUGCCCUAUGACGGCCCAACCCGUGGCAGACCGAUCAUGUGACCCAGCCUGCAACAAACCACGCUCCUUCUGCACAGAGGCGGGUGUGUGUGGCUGUGAGGAGCGCUACACGGAGGUGAUGACUUCAGACGGCCUGCUGGACCAGUGUACGGUGAUCCCUGUGUUAGAGAUCCCCACGGCAGGGGACAACAGGGCUGACGUGAAGACCAUCAGGGCGGUCAGCCCCACACAGCCCUCCAACAGCCUGCCUGGCCGAGCUGGACGCACCUGGUUCCUACAGCCCUUCGGACCAGAUGGUAAACUGAAGACAUGGGUCUACGGUGUUGCAGCCGGAGCUUUUGUUCUCCUCAUAUUUAUAGUCUCCAUGACCUUCCUAGCCUGUAAAAAGCCAAAGAAACCCCAGAGAAGACAGAUGUAUAACAACCGGCUCAAGCCCCUGACCCUGGCCUACGACGGAGACGCUGACAUGUGAACCUCCUCCUAAUCUACUUGGUGACAGAAUCAUUUUACACUGACGUUGUGGAGACUGUCAUCGUGGGAACAGUCAGACAGGUUGUCAAGGAGACCCAUCUUUGACCUUUCUCCUCAGGCUACCAGUGGGCGUGGCUUAAAACCUCUGGAGCUCUAGGAAGACUUGGGUUAUGUCACGGAUUUAUCAACAACAACAACAAAACAAAAAAGAAAUGGAGUCAUGUUCGUUCAUUAGUAGCCUAGAAUUUUCCUUCCUCAAUAUUUUUUAUUUCCUACAUUUUUGUAUACUUUGUUUCACAAGAGCCUUCACAAACUCUAUCUUCUUCUUCUUAAGGAAGUCUGCCUUUGCUUAUCUGCCAUUUACUACUUUUUUCUGUCAAAUAAAAACAUCUUUCAAGACGAAGGUUGUUGGAGAGGGCCCUGAAGAAACAGAGUCCUGCCUUCUUGGCUACAGCUGCUCUGUUGGAAAUUAGAUGAGAAACACGCAAUGCUUUUUCAAAUUAUUCCUGGAGAAAAUUGCUGCCUCUCUAUUUUUCUUCUGGACUGGAUCAUUUUCCCUAAAAAACAAAACAAAGUGAAAAUGUCCUAAUCUUACAGAAAUACUGUCAACCUUUGUAGGAAAUCUCUGCCUGCCUCUCCCUUUCUCUUCCGUUUCAGGCUCAAUAUUGCACUAUAUUAGUGCAGCAUGAUAUGUUCUUAUGUCUGGGAAGCUGCCUCCCUCAAUACAAGAUGACGUACAGUCUUGUGCUAGAAAUGUAAAAAAAAAAAAAAGUAGACCUUUUUUGAAAAACAAAUGUUGCUUCUUUUACCUCUUGUAUGUGAUAUGAUAAUAGGGCGGACGAUGCCAUGUAAAUAUAACUGAUUUACCUUUGUAGUAUGUACAGCUGCAUUUUACCGACACGGGUUCAAAUGGUUUCUGUUUUCAACUGCGCUUGAUUGCUCUUGCCUGGCACAAUGGAACCAUUGGAAUUGUCCCAAAAGUGCAAACCCUACCCAUCUGCCACUCCAGGCCAGGCUCAAUUAAAUGCAGAAAGUAUUAUAAAGAAUACCAAUACUAUUUGAACCCAGGUCUGAACAUGUCUCAUUCUCUGCCUGCCUGACCUUAUGUUUGUCUCCUGUUGAUUUCUCUGACUUGCUUUGAUGGCUUAUUAUGGUUAGUCGUUGUUUUUCCAUUUCCUUUAGUAACUUUAUUCAACAUCUCAAAGACCAGAAUUCCAUCAAACGUGCACUGCAGGGAAUCCCGAUUCCACAUGGCAGAAAAAUCACAUGGCUCUCGUACUGAGAAAAAAAAGCUAAUUCAAAGAACUGUUUCAGGUUUGUUGAGAGAAAUACAGCAACAAUUCUAGUUGAUGAUGUUAUUGAAAGGGUUUAUUUUCACAGAAAAAAAACAAUGUGAUUUCUAUCCCCUUUGCGAGUUUAAUAGAAUCUGGUCUUUGUUGUUAAGACAGAAGGGUGUGACUGGGUUCACAAAUUCUUCUUUACCUUCUGAUCCACCAGAAGAGAGUGGCUUCUCUUUACAUCUUGGUCUCAUAUCUACUGCUGUGUAACAUCCUCAAUCCUAACUAGAACAGCCUACUUGUAACCAAACUGCUUAGGCGCAUUGCUAUAUACAUAUCAUACGAUCUCUCAAUACUGCUCCUAUUCAGUGUGGCUGUUGCUUUGGUCGAGGCAUGAGUGUGACUACAAUGUCUACAAUAAUCACUCACACACAUUUAUGCUUCAGUCUUUCUCCCUGCCUUGGUGCUAUUCUAUAAUGUGUUCUGUAUUGCAAAAGCUAGCUAGAACGCAACCUAGGUAGCCACAAUAACACUCCGAGUAAUUCAAAGGAACAGAUGCAGCAAGGCCUUAGAUGUCGUUCAAAAGUGUUUCAUGCUAAUGCUGCAAUGACAUAUCUGAAGAGUCAGAGUCCUCUGCCUGAAAACAGGUUAUAUGCAUAAUACUGGCUAUGGCAAACUGGCAGUUGAUAGUGCAGACUAUUUAUUUAAUGUUGUAGAUGGACAAACCUCAUGUAAAGUAAAUGAAUCAGUCACAGCCAUACUAUUCUCCAGGGGAUUGAAUUGCGGUGGUAGAUACAGACGGACAUUUGUUUGUUGACAGGUGGUCAAAGGUAUUUUUACUUUUUAUCAAUUAACUUUCUUAAAUUAUGAUUUGUAAAAAAUGGGUGCAUUAUGUUUUUAUUUAAUUAUUUAUGCAUUAUAUAUAAAUAUGUUCCUUUUUUACUGCGCAAAGUAAAGUAAAAAAAAUGGUGUGUGUGUGUGUGUGUGCAUCUGUGUGCACGUGUUUAACUAUACAUGUGGGGACCAGAAAUUCCCACAAGAAUAGUAAACAAACAAACAUUUGACCAACAAGGGAAAUGUUGUUAGUCCCAGUGAGGUCAAAUGCUGUUUUUAGGGGGUUUAGGGUUAAGUUUAGAAUUAGUGUUAGGGUUAGAAUUACGUUAAGGGUUAGGAGCUAUUGUUUGUUUUACA